AUUUGAUUUUCCUGGUUUGUAAUUUUGUCAUGGUUAAGAAAACGAAUCGACAACACCUCAAAUUUCCUGAAGUUAGGGGCUGGCUACCCUACGAAGCUUUUUCAAGAAAACUUGAUCUUAUUUCAAGUGACAAUGAUUGUCACAAAUGUGAGGUACCUGAAGGAUGGAAAGAGCCAAAGUUUACUUCCCAGGAUAAUCCCUUCGGAAGGCUCUUUGCUGUAUCAUCCUUCUCCACACUUUUUCCCAGGUACCGUGAGAAUUAUCUAAAAGGAAUAUGGCCUGCAGUCAAAAAAAUACUGCAAGAGCACAGCUUCGGGAGAUUUGCCUUGUAG